AUGGAUACAGUAGUGCCACAGGCAUAUCUAAAUAACACAUCCACAGCACCAGAUUGGUUGAACAAAGGAGACAAUUCAUGGCAAUUGAUUUCAGCCACUUUGGUUGGAUUGCAGAGCGUGCCCGGGCUGGUAAUAUUGUAUGGAAGUAUAGUGAAGAAGAAAUGGGCUGUUAACUCUGCUUUCAUGGCUCUCUAUGCCUUUGCUGCUGUGAUCAUUUGUUGGGUUGCAUGGGCUUAUAAGAUGUCCUUUGGGGAACAGCUCCUUCCUUUUUGGGGCAAAGCAGGCCCGGCUUUAGGCCAGAAGUUCCUCAUCAAACAAGCCGCCUUACCGGCCACUACCCACUACUUCAGUGACCACACAACAGUGGAAACAGCCAUGGCGACGCCAUUUUACCCAAUGGCGUCCAUGGUUUGGUUCCAGUGCGUGUUCGCGGCGAUAGCGCUGAUUCUGUUGGCUGGAUCUUUGCUUGGGAGGAUGAACAUAAGGGCAUGGAUGAUGUUUGUGCCUCUAUGGCUGACUUUUUCCUACACAGUGGGUGCAUUUAGCCUUUGGGGUGGUGGAUUUUUGUAUCAUUGGGGUGUGAUUGAUUAUUCUGGUGGUUAUGUUAUUCAUCUUUCUUCUGGGAUAGCUGGCAUUACAGCUGCUUACUGGGUAGGUCCAAGGACAAAAAGUGACAGAGAAAGGUUUCCACCAAACAAUAUCUUAUUGAUGUUAGCAGGGGCAGGGCUACUGUGGAUGGGUUGGGCUGGUUUUAAUGGGGGAGAUCCCUACAGUGCAAAUAUUGAUUCCUCCAUUGCUGUACUCAACACUAACAUCUGUGCCGCAACAAGCUUACUGGUUUGGACUUGGCUUCAUGUUAUUUUCUUUGGAAAGCCUUCCGUCAUUGGUGCUGUCCAAGGAAUGAUUACUGGCCUUGUUUGUAUCACUCCUGGUGCAGGUCUAGUUCAAGGAUGGGCAGCUAUAAUAAUGGGAAUCCUAUCAGGAAGCGUACCGUGGUUCACAAUGAUGAUCGUUCACAAGAGGUGGCCAUUGCUCCAGAAAAUCGACGACACGCUCGGCGUCUUCCACACGCACGCCGUUGCCGGUUUACUUGGCGGCACGCUCACCGGACUCUUCGCCGAGCCGGUCCUCUGCAGCCUCUUUUUGCCCGUGACCAACACGAGGGGUGGCGUUUACGGCGGUUUAGGCGGCGUCCAAUUUAUGAAACAAAUUGUGGGUGGCGGAUUUAUUAUCGGAUGGAACGUCGUUGUGACUUCAAUCAUUUGCUAUUUGAUAAGCUUGUUAAUGCCAUUGCGCAUGUCGGAGGAGCAGCUGAAGAUAGGAGAUGAUGCAGUGCAUGGCGAAGAAGCUUAUGCUUUGUGGGGAGAUGGAGAGGUUUAUGAUCCAACUAAGCAUGGAUUUUCAUCUCCAGAUAAAACUACACAUGGAAAAUUAGCCAGAGGGACUACAGAAUUGAUAUAAGAAAAAAAAGGAAAA